UUCUUCACCACCGCAUAUACUUUGCGUCUCAUCCUGCGCUUCUGCAAGCCAUUGAGCAUAGCCCUCUGCUGGAUUCGUCUUUUGCAACAAUGUCGGCUGUUCAGAUUACUCCAUCCAAGAAGGCUGCAUCUGCCAUUGAGACACUCAGGAUGUCGGAUUCACCCGCGAAGAAGCUCGACUUCACGUCGGCGGAUAAGGAGAACAUUUUCAAACCCAUUGUCGGCAUUCCAGAGCUCGAUGUCACCGAAGACGCGUCCACCACCGACAAAAAGCCUUCCACGGCCUCUACCAUCAGACCUGAGGAAGCCCACGAACCUCUGCUACAAGAAAACCCUCAACGCUUCGUGUUAUUCCCCAUCAAGUACCACGAUGUCUGGCAGAUGUAUAAGAAAGCAGAAGCCUCUUUUUGGACAGCCGAAGAGAUCGAUCUCUCUAAAGACCUUCACGACUGGAAUAAGCGAUUGAACGAUGACGAACGCUUCUUCAUCUCCCAUGUCCUCGCCUUCUUCGCCGCCUCCGACGGCAUCGUCAACGAGAACCUGGUCGAGCGGUUCAGUGGCGAAGUGCAAAUACCAGAGGCGCGAUGCUUUUAUGGGUUCCAGAUCAUGAUGGAGAACAUCCAUUCGGAAACAUACUCGCUUUUGAUUGACACAUACAUCAGUGAGCCGAAGCAACGUCACUAUCUCUUUAAUGCCAUUGACAAUAUCCCCUGCAUUCGAAAAAAAGCCGAUUGGGCCCUCCGCUGGAUCGCAGACAAGAAUUCGACCUUCGCCAAUCGCCUCGUUGCCUUCGCAGCCGUUGAAGGCAUCUUUUUCUCCGGCUCCUUCGCCUCCAUCUUCUGGCUCAAGAAGCGUGGUCUUAUGCCUGGCCUCACCUUCUCCAACGAACUCAUCUCUCGCGACGAAGGUAUGCACACCGACUUUGCCUGCCUCCUCUUCUCCCUCCUGAAAACGCGCCCAUCCAAGAAGGCCGUUGAAGCUAUCAUCACCGAAGCCGUAACCAUAGAGCAAGAGUUCCUAACCGUGGCUCUGCCCUGCGCACUGCUGGGGAUGAACUCCAAACUCAUGUGCCAGUACAUCGAGUUCGUCGCCGACCGCCUGUUGCUCGCUCUUGGAAACUCCAAGGUGUAUAAUGCAACCAACCCGUUCGAUUUCAUGGAGAAUAUUUCCCUAGCGGGUAAGACAAAUUUCUUCGAGAAACGGGUCGGUGAUUACCAGAAAGCUGGUGUUAUGGCGAGCACCAAGAAACAUGAGAAGGCUGAAGCAGGCUCGUCGUCGCCCGAAGCGGAUAAACAGAACAUGAGUGGCGAUUUCUGCUUUGAUGAGGACUUUUAGACAGCCUGGAGCUGUGGCGUACUGACGUCGGGUGAGGGUUGUAAUUUUUGAGGUUCCUGUCAGCGUCGUGCUUUUGAGUUGAAUAUUGGGCUUGUGUUCAAGUAUGCAAUUGGGUUUCUUCUCCUCCCCCUUCACACACACCCAUUCUUCUCCCCUUAUCUCCUUCUAUCUCUUCUCUACUUUGCAUGCCAGAGUCAGGCACUAGCAUCAGCAUAUCUGUAUCCGUACGACCUCUGAAAAGGCUUUUAGAAAAAGCAAGCGGAGCGCCACUCCUGCCUCCCACGUUUGUUUCAUUUCUUUCUCUGAUACCUAUAUUUGGGUUUAGGUAGGCGUUUGGGCCGGCAGCGCAGUUUUUGGAUGGGGAUGAAAUGGGAUGAAAGGAUAAGGGGCGAUGACGUAAGGCUGGGGAUUGGUUGGGCCGGGUAUUG